AUGUACGACGCCAUGAACACUGCGGCGAGUGCCACGCCCGAUCAGUGGGUUGCGGCGGCCAUGAUGAGUCCCAUUGUGCCUACCGGCGAGAAUGCGAACGAAUCCAUCCUGAUCAACUGUGCUGACUUGGGAUGGACGCCGUUGCGCGACGGCGCAGCACCAACCGGCGUGGUACAAGCAGGCAAGCGCGUGUGCAAAGACACGCAGACUCCGACGGGGAACAAGGGGGGGUCUACCGUGAUCCCGCGGUACUUUCUGCAGAAACUGGAGCGGCAACUGCGACACCUCGUGGACGACGUGGCGCAUGAGGAGUGGAAUGAGCGGGCGUGGAUGUGCCUGUACACAUACCUCUCUGACCUGCCUCUGAUUGUACGCACAUCUCUGACAUUGCGUGACCGCUGCGGCGCAGCCACUGUAGCGCGGCUGGUGGAUAGGAUGAAGACGAACUUUCUCACGAAAGGCAACCUUGUGGAGGAGUCGGUGGCGAUGCCGGACAAGACAGUAGAGGAGGAUUUUAUCCCCAGUCUUUCUCGGGAAGUACUGCAUCUCCUUCAGCAUAGCACAGCAAUCGACCCCACGUUCCACUUUGAGUGGAGGGCCUCAACCGUGGCAUACGUCGAGGGCUCGUUGGGCUCAGCCUCACGAAAAGCGGGCAAGGCGACAGUGAUAGAUAGCAGAGAGGUUAGCGACUGUGUGCCAGUGCGGCCAUCAUCCUUGUCGCUCUCCUCGAUGUCACCCGUGCUCACAGAUGAGGAGCAGGAAGAGGAGUUGCCGAAUGACGACGAAGAGGUGGUAUGCACUCCCCGCCUCCUGACCUUCAUUGCGGCACAUAUCGAAAAAUAUAAUGAUCGUCGCCUGCGCGUCGUUGCUACACAAUUUCCCGACCCCGAAAUGGAGAAGUCGCGGACACCACCGGAAGCCGCGGAGGCCAUCCUGGCAGGAGCCUACACUCUUUCGACUCCGCCGAGCAAUCGACAGAGCGACGCAGCGCUGCAGCAGCCGCUCCUCCACCAACAGGGCCAGCUCAUGUCGCUUCUCAAAUCCUUUGUGCGGCUGCGGCAAACACCGCUCUUUCACACGCUUCGUCAUACACCUCAACACGCCCUGUUUGCGUGCGACUUCAUUGAGCUAACGUCCGAAGCGGAGCGCCUGCUGGAACGUGCUUCCUCGUCGCUUGACACUACACUGCUGCUGGAAAUCCCCAUGACACAGAAGCGCAUCAUGGCUGAGACGACGGAUGUGCGUGACACAAGUGUCGGCACAAAUACAUCCGUAGGGUCGGGGUCGAGCCCCAUGACGGGGCACAGUGCCCAUCACAGUGUGAAGGCACGCACGCCUAUGAAGCCAAGCGUUCGGUAUCCGAUCCAGCGCAUCCUCUCCAACGCGCCGUCACCGAGCGGAUUGUCGUCGCAGCGGAGCUCGGAGGUGCCUGGCCUGCAGAAGGAGAUUUACUCUUCGUCUGUGUACGUCGGUGAGGGGAGCAGGGACGGGCUGCGAGCGUCCCAGGUAUGCGAGGUGGUCGACUUGUGA